UACUAGUCGUCCUAGGCAUUGAAGAGUAUGUCGAACAAGGGAUCAACAAUAAUUUCAUGCAUUCAAAACAGGUCCAAGAUACAUUAAACCAAUUUAUUCACCAAAGAUCAUGUCUGCAAAUCGUGGAUAGUCAGUUGGGGAUUUUUUUGUCGAUGUAACCACAGAGUAUGUAACCAAAUUUGACAUUUCAGACUUAGGAGGGGAGGGUUUUGUGUUGAGGUUAUGCACUGGACAAAAAUUUUAGUAAAUUUAUUAGAUAUUCAAAACAUUUCUAAUAAUUGGAAAAAUUUACUUCAGUCAUUGCAAACUCAAAUAAUUACUCGAGUCGAAGAAUAGAGUUCAUGACAUUUAAGCCCGAAUAAAGUUAUUAAGGACGAAAAAAUGUCAAGUUCAGCGAAGUUCAUUCAUGAAGGUCUCCCCUUGAAAGAAGAACACUCACCGAUGACCUUUUUCAACUGCGAAAACGCCAACAUCGAAAGUUAUUACUGCAACAGCUGCAAGUUUCAAACACAACUAAAACUAUAUUUCAAACAACACAUUCUAAAACACGUUGACCGAGAAAACCGGGUUUUAUUAUUACGAGAAUACGCCAUCAAAAAUUAUAGUUGUAAGUGGUGCAGUUUCGAAACACACUUUCUUUUCAAAUGGUUGCAACACACUGUGACAUGUUCCGAAAGUAAGGGGGGUCCCCGCGUGAAUUUUUGUGCCAAGAACGACGCUUGCACGUGGUAUGCUUGUGAUCAGUGUUCGUACCAAACCAAGUACAAGUGGAGUUUGAAAAACCACACGAAUAUUCGACACACCGAUCUGCAGCACAUUAAAUGGUACAAAUGUGAAAAGUGCCCGUACAAAGCGAAAGAAAGUUCUCGUUUGAAACGACACAUAAUCGCACACCACAUAGACGAGAAAGACAUCAAGUGGUACGAAUGUGAAAAGUGCCCAUACAAAACCAAGGAAAAAGCGAGCUUGAACAGGCACUCGAAGACACUGCACAUGAACGAACAGGAUAUCAAGUGGUACAAUUGCGAAAAGUGUUCGUAUAAAGCUAAAGUCAACUACAAUUUAAAAAGACACAUGAAAAUACGACACACGGAUGAAAGGGACGACAUCAAAUGGUUCGAAUGCGAUCAAUGUACAUACAAAACUAAAGAGAAGUCGAACUUGAAUAGGCACAUACAGAAUCGACAUUUGGAUGAAAAAGAUGUUAAGUGGUAUGAAUGCGAACAGUGCCCGUAUAAAGCAAAAGACAGAUCGACUUUGAAGGAUCACGUGAUCGCGCGCCAUUUAGACGAAAAGGAUAUUAAAUGGUACGAAUGUCAAAAAUGUCCAUACAAGGCUAAAAGUAAGUCGCAUUUAAAAAGCCACUUCUCGAAUCAGCAUCUGGACAAAAAGGACAUUAAGUGGUAUGAAUGCCAAAAGUGUCCAUACAAGGCUAAAGGGAGACAUCACUUGAAGUACCACGUAAAUGCACGCCAUAAGGAAGAACGGGAUAUUAAAUAAUCUGUUCUUGAAUUUUGUUGUUGUUGAUUUACAAAUUCAAAAGAUAAUCGUUAGAUUUCAGUGAUAAUAUUGUUAAAUGAUGUUUUAUUUAUUAAUGUAUUUGCGAAAAUAUAUACAUAUAAAAGCCACAAGUGUAUUGUGUGUUGCAUAUGCAAUGUCAAAAUUCUGAGGUUUUGAGGUUAGUUUCUUCGAUUUUUUUCAAAAAUUUAAGUAUUACAAACACCAGAAAAGUGUAUGUUCAAUAGUUGUGUCGUAGGUUUUAUUGGUUAACUAAUCAGAGAUUUUAGGAAAUAAAAUAAAUGUUUUAUUACUUUCGGUGACAAAAGUCAAACUGCAUUAUGUGUUGCAUAUAUUACAAGUUUGAGGUUAUGGGAUGUUUUAAAAGUUUGAUUUUUUCGAUUUGAAGAAAUUUUCGACAACUUGGAAACAAAAAAAAAACAAAAACCGCCCGAAUGGUGUAAUUAAUUAUGAACUUUACCCAACAGAGUGGACCUGAAAUUUUUGAGGUUAUAAAUCAAACGGAAGCAAAAUGUCGAUUCUGGACAAUUCUGGGGACUUUGGUGCUAGCUUAAGGUCUCCGAAAAAUUCGUUGCCACUUUUCAAAUGCGGAAAUGCCGUUGUAGAAACCUACCACUGCAAGGAAUGUGUUUUUCAAACAGACUUAAUCAUUGUUUUAAAAAAACACGUUAACAUACAUUGUAGGAAACGGGAAGAAGAUUCACAAUUUGCCAUUCACAACUACAUUUGUGGUAAAUGUAACUUUGAAACCCACUUUGCUAUCAAGUGGUUUCAACAUAGCUCGGCUUGUCUGAGUGAUGAGGAAAUUUCAGAAAUAUCCAAUUACACCAGAUUGCCCAAAAGAAAUGUCACCAGUUGGUACAAUUGUCUGCAGUGUGGGAACAUGUUCAAAUAUAAACAUUCCAUGAAAAAACACACCAUUUUCAUGCACUCGAAUGAAUUAUGUUGGUAUCAGUGUACGAAGUGCCCCUUCAAGACUAAAAGAAGCGGCGACUUAAAGCGGCACAUACAUGGACAACAUUCAGAUGAACGAGACAUUAAAUGGUACAAUUGUGAAAAGUGUUCAUACAAAACUAAACACAGCUCGAAUUUAAAAAAGCAUAUAACUGCUCAACACGUUAAGUUGAAUCAAUGUAGAAACUGUCCAUACGUAGCUAGAGGUUAUAUGGACUUAAGAAACCACUUAAAAAAGUGUCACUUGGACGGCCGACAUAUUAAGUGGUAUAAGUGCGAGAAGUGCCCAUACAAAGCUAAACAGAGUUUUAAUUUAAAAUCGCACAUCACUUCGCGCCAUUUGGACGAGAAGGAGAUUCAGUGGUAUAACUGUGGAGAGUGUCCGUACAAGGCAAAAACAAAGGAUCAUUUGAGAAAACAUACAAAUGCGCGCCAUUCCACUGAACAAGAUACGAAGUGGUUUCAAUGCAGCAAGUGUCCAUACAAAGCCAAGGAUAAUUCUACUUUGAAACGACACAAAAAUAUGCGCCAUUUGGACGACAAGGACAUCAAGUGGUACAAAUGUGAAAAGUGUCCCUACAAAGGCAAAAAUAGAUAUGAUUUGAAAAGGCACGCAAUUGCUCUUCAUUUCAGUGAAGAGAAUAUAAAACUUUUUGGUACAGCAUGGGAAAAGCAGUUGGAGUGAAUAAUUACGGGUUAAUACCACGACAAUUUUUUUAUUGACGUAAAAUAAAAAUAAGUGUUAUCAUGUAAUUUUCAUUUUUUGAACUGAAGCCGGGAAAGUGUUUAAU